GGGCAUUUGAAGUAUGUCUUCGUAGAAGAACCGCGACAUCAUUGCAACCCAUCCCCAUACGGUGCAAAUGCUCUUUGCAGAGGACAAAACGGAGCGGGCUCUUGCUCUUGUAUUACAGGGUUUUUCGGCGAUCCCUGUUCAGGUUGUCGUCCCGAAUGAACCAUAACUACGCAAUAUGAAAUGCGUAGACCCUUGCCCUGGAACUUGCGGUGUUAACGCAGAAUGUUCUGUUAUUAAUCAUAAUCCACAAUGUUAUUGCACUCCCGGCUACACAGGAAAUGCGUUAAUUUUGUGCCGAAAAAUUGAACCCAUUGUUGUUGAAGCGCCAAAAGAAAAGCCUUAUGUCCCAUCACCUUGCGGCCCUUACAGCACGUGUCGCAGUCAAGGACAAAGACCGGUGUGUUCUUGUAUAUCAGGCUAUUACGGAUCUCCCCCCAUGUGUAAACCUGAAUGCAUUAUCAACUCUGAAUGUACUUUAUACAAGACAUGCCAAAAUCAAAAAUGCGUUGAUCCUUGUCCGGGAAUAUGUGGCAUUAAUGCUCUAUGCAGAGUCGUAAACCAUAGCCCUAUUUGUAGCUGCCCUCAGUCCUUUGAAGGAGAUCCCUUUAUUAGAUGUUUACCGGAAAUAAAACCGCCAGUUGCUAUCCGGGGUCACGUCUGAAAGCGACUGCCCAUCAGCUUCACCCGAAAGUGACAGAAG